AUGUCUGCCAAUCAUCUACUACAGCUUUGCUUGGACAAGGCUCAAGCCCUUUUUUCCCAACUGCCGCCCAAUGCUCAGGACUAUCUGUCCCGUCCAUUUGUACACAAGGCGAUCGCAUUUCUGACUGCUAUUCAGUCGCUGAGGGUUGUCAACAGAUAUCUAUCCCAAAGGGAGCAGAACAACUGGGUCCACGCGCGCCCUUGGAAUGCGUCUAAGGAGUUGGUACUGCUUACAGGAGGAAGCAGUGGAAUCGGAAAGCAGAUCAUGCAGGACUUGUCCAAGCUUAAAGUUAAGAUUAUCAUUUUUGAUAUUCAGGAGCCCAAGUUCCCCUUGCCAUCGAAUGUGUUUUUCUACAAGGUCGAUCUUACAUCCUCUGCCGCAAUCAAAGAGACGGCUACAGCGGUCCGAAGGGAUCAUGGUCAUCCGACAAUUCUGAUCAACAACGCCGGUGUUGGCUUCGGGGGAACCGUCCUGGACGAACCGGAAGAAAAGAUACGCCUGACCGUUGAGGUCAACGCUCUAUCACAUUUCUGGACUGUGAAGGAAUUCUUGCCUAGUAUGAUCAAGAAUGACCAUGGUCAUAUCGUGAACAUCGCCAGCUUGGCCAGCUUUAUAGCCCUGGGAGAAAUGGCCGACUACGCUUGUUCGAAAGCUGGGGCGCUUGCAUUCCACGAAAGUUUGACCCAGGAGAUCAAGCACUGGUAUGGUUCAAGAAGGGUGCGCACAAGUAUCAUCCACCCGUUAUGGGUUCAGACACCCAUGAUCAGUGACCUCACCCAACACCGCUCACAGUUUGGACAGCCCAUUAUGACACCUGAGAAGGUCUCCCAAGCCGUGGUGAAGCAGCUUGUAAACGGAAAUGGGGGCCAGGUCGUUCUUCCCUCGUCUCACAGCUUUGCUUCCAUGCUCCGCGGGCUUCCGAACUGGAUUCAGGAACGCUUGCGAGAUAAUGCCUCUCAAAGUUUCGUCAAUUUGCGGCGGCUGGAGCAGAAGCUGGCGGACUCGUAA